AUGAGUUCUGGAGAGCUUCUCAGCGUCGAACCAUUGGAGUUGAAAUUCCCAUUUGAGCUGAAGAAGCAGAUCUCUUGUUCCUUGCAAGUGUCGAAUAAGACCGACAGUUAUGUUGCUUUUAAGGUGAAGACGACGAAUCCCAAGAAAUACUGUGUUCGGCCCAACACAGGGAUUGUUUUGCCCCAUUCGACCUGCGAUAUUGUUGUCACAAUGCAGGCCCAGAAGGAGGCUCCUUUAGAUAUGCAAUGCAAGGACAAGUUUUUGCUUCAGAGUGUAGUUGCGAGUGAGGGUGCAACCCCAAGAGACAUUACUGCCGAAAUGUUUAACAAGGAGCAAGGCAAUGUUGAAGAAUGCAAGUUGAAAGUGGUGUAUGUUGCGCCACGUCAGCCUCCGUCACCAGUUGCCGAGGGAUCUGACGAAGGAGUUUCACCAAGGGGCACUGUCUUGGAAAAUGGAAUCGAGGUCUUUUUGAAAAAAAAAAAAAAAGUAAAAUCUCUCGUUACAAAAUUGACUGAGGAAAAAGCUGCAGCCAUUCAACAAGGCACCAAACUUCGUCAAGAAUUGGAACUAUUGAAACGUAGAAGCAACAAAAGAGGAGGCGUAUCCAUGACUCUCGUGAUCAUUAUCGGCUUGGUGGGUGUAAUUUUGGGGUACCUUAUGAAAAGGACUUAG